UACAAUAUAAGUUGAGAAUAAUAAAUGCAUCAUAUUUCGAACAAAUUACGCCAAUAUGACGAUAUUUUUUUCCAACUAUAAAUUUGGUCUACGUACACGGAGGAUCUGCACUUCUUUUUACUGCCGACGGAAGCAGAAUCAUUGCCGUUUGGGACUUAUGUUAACAGUCGACAAAAGCAUAUCAACACAAAAGAGCUAACAUUAGUACUGACUACAUUUCAGAUACUGCAUCUUGUUAUUAAAAUCAGAAUAAUUUAAUUCAGAUCAUUGUAAAUAAACAGCUUAAUAAAAGAUUGAAAUAAAUAUGGCAUCGACACAGAAACGUUCAGUGCUUUUCGUUUGCUUAGGUAAUAAUUUCCAGGUGACAACAGCUGCUCACUCACUGAUGGCGGCAAUGCUGAUUGAAACUGAGACUACUCACUGAGUCAGUGACUACUGGCUGUCAGUGUAGUCUGGUAGACUACCGUUACACUUACUGAGAGUGUGAUUAUUAAUAUUAUUUACCUAAUAUUAAAAUAAUAUAAAAUAAGGCUUACCUAAAAUAAUGAUAGCUCAUUCGAUUUUGAUUAACCAACAUUCAUUUUAUUUAAGAGUAAAAAAAAUAUAUUUAUUAUUAUUAUUAUAUAAAAUUAAAUUAGGCCUGCCUUGGCUUAGUAAUAAUUAAUAACUGAUAAGUAAUGAAUGGUUAUUUUUUCAAAAAACAUUGCAUUAGUCAUUAAGUUUUACUUUAUACUUUAUGGGCCUACAGUCUACAGUGUCUAUGAGUUAAUAAAAUAAAUAUGUUGUUAGAGUUUGGCAUUUUCAUCAUUUCAUUUGCCAAAUGAUUUGGCUCUUAUUUAAUUAAUGAAGUAAUAUUAAUACAUAAAUUUGAUAAAUAUAAAUAAAAGCACAUAACUUGUGAUACAGGGAACAGAUUUAACUUAUUCAUUCAUUUUAUCAACAUCAUUUGUCAUUUGUGUUAAUUUUGUGUAAACUCAUUUUAUAGGUAACAUUUGUAGAUCCACAAUGGCUGAAGGAAUUUUCCAACAUCUUGUGAAACAAAGAGAGAUUUCAGAUAAGGUGUAAAUAUUGGGUUCAAACAUUUUUAUUUUUAAGGAUGGUAGUGAAAAAUAUUUCUCAUGACUAUCAAUAAUAUCAUCAUGAAAUAGCAUGUUAAUCAUUACAUUAUUAAAUAAUGUGUUUGGUACCAGUAGUUUCAUAGGGGGAUGACACUAAAUAAAUGCUAAUUUGAAAUUUUGUUAAAGUCAGUUUCCUAAGAGACGCCAUGACACCAGAAAAGAUUUCUGAAAUCAGGUUACUGUCAGAACAUGGUGUCACCAGACAGAGCAGGAUGACACUAGAGCAUACAUAUUCAGAGAAGGUCCAUGGGAAAGUCUAGAGAGGCGUGACAGGACUUUAACCACUAGACAUCAACCAUAGUGACCAAACUGUUUGCUACAUCAAAAAAUGCAAAUCAAAUUUAUUAAAGAAAUAAAACGAUUAAAAGUUAACUUUUUUAUGUUUAUCUGCUAGCUUUGGUUUCUGCUGUUUUUAAAAGUCUCUAGGCUUUUUAGAAAAUCAAUUCAGAACAAGAAAAGAUCACACUACCUUUCAUUUUUUCACUGAACCACUACAUUUUUUUUAGUCAACCAAACCCACUAACUAAGAAAGCAACUAUUAGCAAUAGCAACCCAUAGAUACUUAUUUGACAUACAUAUUUUAACAUUUACAGUCCUGAUUUAAAAACAUUUAUCAGAACUCAAAGAAAGAUGAGUUUAAUUAUGUUAGUAAUGAAGAUUUAAGUAAUUUUUAUUUUAACAUCUUUUUAUUAAUUCCAGUGGAUCAUUGACAGUGCUGGUACAGGAAGUUGGCACAUUGGCUGCCCACCCGAUGAAAGGACUAUGAAAGUGCUCAAGAAGAAUGGCAUCAACAACUACAAACAUCUUGGGAGACUGGUAAAAUAUCUUUUUGUCAUUGUUAGUCAAUUUUGUUUAAUCUUAGUUCUUGUUAGAAAUUGUUUCUGUAAAAAAGAUAUGUUUUUUUCUUAACUUUGUCAGCAUGGCGUAUUCUACUAUGUCAUCAUGUUUUAAAACAUGUCCAUUGUACCAAGUUUCUCUACAAGAUGACUUUGUAUAUCCCUCUUCAGAAAGCACUUUAGUCGUGGUUAAUAUCCAUAGAAAAAGCUGUAAUAUCCAUAGAAAAAGCUGUCUGACAAGUUUCUUUGAGGUUUUAGGUCUAAGACAGGGUGCUUUUCAUUGAGAUGGUCAAACAAUGCUUAUGGCAUGCUUGACCUUAUUAAUAAAUGUCACCUUACGUGAAAACUCAGAUGAAAUGUUUCUAAUCAAUCUUUUGUGUACAUUUUAAACAUCUAUUAGGCACAAAUACUUAUCAGUGACCAUCUAAAGAUUAAGUAAAAUUGUUCAUGUGUGUGAGAGGUUGUGGGACUCAGAUUAGUUCGAGGACAACAUGAUAUUGGGGUAGUUGAAAUAGAUGUUACUUUGCAUAAUAUAAAAUAUGUAGUUUUAUGUCAAUGUUAAAAAUGUCUCCAACAACUGUAAUAAAAGUAUAGCCAGUUCUUAAUUAAUUCUGUAUUGUUAAAACUUAUAUUUUCAGAUCACAGAAGAAGAUUUCACUAAUUUUGAGUUCAUAUUUGGAAUGGACCAUGCGAACAUAUCGUGAGUCAUGUAUUUUUUAAAACUUUGCUUCAGUUGCAGCAAGCAUUGAAUAAAGGUGUUUCAGCUAUUCAAUGAUCAGAUAACUGUAAGAUUUACAAUUAAUUAAUGGGUUUUUUUUUGUUGUUGAAAACUUCACUCCAACACUUUGCUGUCUUGUCCCUAACUCCAGAACAUGAUUAUCUACCCUUACAGAGACAUUAAAGAUCUAGCCCCAGCCAAUAGCUUGGCCAAGAUUUCCCUUUUAGGGGAAUAUGAUCCACAGAAUGAGCUUAUUAUAGAAGACCCUUACUUUACGUAUGUAAGUAAUAGUAUAAUUUAGUUUAAGUCUCUUGUUAACUUUGUUUUUAGUAAAUGACUGAUUCAGACCUGUUUACACUUACAAUUUUGGCGUACAAUGUACGAUUUUGAGGUGUAUAUAUUAUAAUUAUAUAUAAUGAAUGUUUAUUUUUUACUAUUAAGAUAAUGUAUUGAAUGAUAUAGUACGAUUUUAAGAGUUUGAGGGUAAACAGUUCGGCUUAUUUAUCUACCUCUGUUUUAAAUAUAUAUUACAUAUAUUUACAUAUUAUAUUAUCAGAGAAUGUUAUCAACGGAAAGUUCUAGUGACAAAUGAUUUAUUUCAAUUAUUUACCAUGUCUACUUUAUAUCUCCAAUAUUUCAUGUUCCUAGCCACCUUCAUCAUAUCCCAUUACCAAACUAACCAAAUGCUAUUAAAAAUAUAAUACUUAAUAAUUUUCAUCAAAAUGGUUUUAAGGAAAUGUUUCCUGGCCAUGCUACUAGUCACAGGGCUUACUUCAUAUUUAGUGACAUAAAGCUAUAUAAAUACCAUGAAAAUCUCCCUACUCACUUGAUGUUCGUGUUAGUUCCGUUGAACUUUACGUCAGUUCGGUUUUUACAACUAUUACUCACCUAAUAAAUUAUUGUUAUAUUAAUUACAUUACAUGUGUACUUAUUUACAGAGUGGCAACAAGAAUGCUUUCAAUGAAGUAUAUGAUCAGUGCUUGAGAUGCUGCACAACAUUUUUAGACACUGUCACAUAAUGUUUAGCAAUAUUAGUCAAUAUUUUUAACAUCCUUAACUGUGUAUUCCUUUGAUCUACCAAAAAAUCUGAAAUGAUUCCAAACACCAAUUGGCUUUUAAAUGGAUUAACUAUGUUCUCUUAUUUAUAAACUCACUUUCCAUUUAUUGCAUAUUCUUUCUUUUAGUCAAAAUUGACAGUAAAACAAAUAUUUUUAUAGUUAACCCAAGACUGCCUUACCAUUUUCUAUCUUUAGUUGAUAAUAUGAGUGUUUAGCCAGUAAGUUACAUGUUAAUAUGAAAAUAAGAAUGUAAUAUUUAUUUACCAUUUUAAGAAAAUGACAAAAGUAAAUAAAAAUUUUAAAAUUAA